AUGUUUUUGUAAAAAAUUAGAAGAAAUGAAAGUAGGGGAGCAAAAAGUUCUUUGGUUGCUCAUAAAAGGCAUGAAUUAUAUCAAAAUUAAAAGCAGGCCGCUUUACCGAAUCAAUAAUCAAAAAAAAGAUAAUAAACAAUCUUAAAAUUUCAAAUAAAGAAGACAGAGAUUUGGAUUAAAACUUAAGACAAUUCUGAUUAAAAUCAAAAUGAAGAUGAUGAAUAAGCUUUAAAAAGAUAUUAUUAGGUCAUUAUGUCGGAGAAUAUGUGGAAUUAAGAUGAUAUUAUCUAUCAUAUGCAGGAACUUAAUCUUCAAAUGCUAGGAGAUAACUAAAGAUUGGGAAAAGGAAGCCUAUUUAUUACGAUCACAUUUAAAGAUGUAGAUAAGUGA